AUGCGCUGCUGCCUUCCCAUCAUGGGGCAGGCGCGCAUCAAAAGCUCUGCAGAGGAGCGUGCAGAGGCUGCCUUCACAGAGAAUAUGUCACUGCGUAGGGUUUUCAUGGUUCGCGGUCGAACAAGUGCAGUGCUGUUGAUGAAGGCCGCUAGAUCGGAGGAUGCCGAAACAGCAUGUCGGCUGCUAGCCGAAGAGUUUCCAGCAUCUGCGCUGCAGCAAAUUUCUUUCGUUGCGGCGGACAAUCCUUCGCGCAAGCUCUAUUCCGAACUGAAGACUAUUUGCCCAAACCUGCAGGGCAUGUCGCUUGACACGGUGCACCUCGCUAUGGCCUGGGAGUACUCUACCACACGCAGGCGAAGCAAGGGCUCCGCAGCUCUUCGCAGAAUACUGAGCAAGUUUGCAGCAGUGGACACCAAGACCAUGAAGCAGGGUGUAGCGCAGCGAAUCCUGGACGAAAUCAGGCUUGAUGAGCCUUUUUAUACUCGUGUCGAAUGGAUUCGGGCUAUAGCAGCCCUCACGAAUGUAUACAAGGGUGAAGUGCACAAGGUCUCUGUCUCUCCAGGACCAAAUCGCCGCGUCUGGCAGUUGUUGCAUUCCGCGGCUGCAGAGAGAUCCGAGUGGUAUAUGAAUAACAUACGAAUUCGUCAUGCUCUCGCUUCUCAUCGGCUGCACUUGCUACCCAGUGGAACGACAUCAAACGAAGCGCUUCACUAUGAAAUUAAUCGAUGCUUCAAAGAAAUCCAGAAGCUGCACCAAGCGAGCUUACAGCAAAAGCUCGAGAUAUUGCAGUUGGGCAAGCUCUUGUCACAUAACAGAGCCUGUUACCAUCACACAACGAAACAAGUACAACACGGUGAAGUGCUUGCGCGGGCAACUCGACAGACGAUAUGGUCUUCGAACGACUGGAGUACGUGGUGUGCAGAGUUGCUCGAUGGUCCAGGUCCGAAGCUGAAGGCUGAGCUUCCGAAGGAAGAUGCAAGGGCCUGGCAAAGGGCAUGCAGUGCGUGGCAGUGUGAAAAGGAAGCCGUCAGCUUCCUAUCGUCAAAGCAAAAAGGAUACGAGGCGUACGGCCUUCACACUGUGUAG